AAUACAUUGUAAAUAAUUCAAAGUGCCUAAAACCCUUUAUCCAGCUUUGCGGCUGAUUAGAGACGCAGCGAGAGAACGCAAAACGGAAGCUAAAAACUCGCUGAUCAUGCCACUAUCGCCACUGUUGCUGCUUUGACGUCGACAGCGACCGCAGCAGAGGCAGCAACAGCCAAGCAGCGACGACGCCUUGUGGCUGCGACUGGAACAGAAUUAGAGCGAUCGAGUCUGGUGCAGAUCAGUUGCUGGCGUGCGCUCUAACCCUGCGGGUGUGUGGUGAUCGUGAUUGUUGAUCCGUUGAUCGUGCAAGGAUAUCGAGCACAAUUCUUAAAUUCUGCCCCCCGUUAAUAUUUCUUGUUGUCGUCGUCCUUGUUGGCAAUGCGCAAGCGCAAAGUGCAAACAAAUGUUCGAGUUCAUUGUGAUAAGUGUGCCAAAUAAUUAAAACUCAAGUGAGAAACAUUUCAAGUGGCAAAGAGUGAACAUUCCGCAUACCCAAUAUAUACUAUAUACAUACCAUACAAACACAUUUACAUAUAUAUAUAUAGUCUACACAUUUGUGUGUUGUUUGUCCAAGAAAUUCGUGAAGGAGGAGCGCCAAACGCUGUCGAUUAAUACAAAUCAGCAGAGAAAUGGAUUUAUCGAGGCGGUUGCGCUCAACUGCCUUGGUAGCAUUCAUUGUCCUAAUUGGCAUACAGAACACAGAAAGUAGAUUCCCUGGACUACGCGCUAAAAGACAGUAUGGUGCACAAUUGUAUUUGCCCGGUAGCUAUGUGACGCCCGGUGGCGAGGGUGAUGAUCCCAACGAGUGGUCAGCCUGGAGCUCCAGCUCCGACUGUUCCCGCACCUGUGGAGGCGGUGUCUCCUACCAGACGCGCGAGUGCCUACGACGAGACUACAAUGGCGAAGCUAUGUGCAGCGGUGGCAGUCGUCGUUACUAUUCGUGUAACACGCAGGAUUGUCCCGAAGAGGAGGCUGACUUUAGGUCGCAGCAAUGCUCACGCUUCAAUGACAAAAAAUUCGAUGGUGUCCUCUACGAGUGGGUGCCCUACACCAAUGCAGCCAAUCCCUGUGAGCUAAACUGCAUGCCGCGUGGCGAACGCUUCUACUAUCGUCAGAAGGAGAAGGUCGUCGAUGGCACACGGUGUAAUGACAAGGACUUGGAUGUCUGUGUGAAUGGAGAGUGCCUGUCCGUCGGCUGUGACAUGAUGCUGGGAAGCAACGCCAAGGAAGACAAAUGUCGAAAGUGCGGCGGUGAUGGUAGCACUUGCAAGACCAUUGACAACAACUACAGCUCCGGUGAUCUCGCUGCGGGUUACAAUGAUUUGCUGCUCAUACCUCAAGGAGCAACGAAUAUACGCAUUCAGGAAUCGACGCCAUCCAAUAAUUAUUUGGCCUGUCGCAAUCAGACGGGACACUAUUAUCUGAACGGUAACUGGCGCAUUGAUUUCCCGCGUCCCAUGUUCUAUGCGGGCGCCUGGUGGAAUUAUCAGCGUAAACCGAUGGGAUUUGCUGCUCCUGAUCAGUUGACUUGUAGUGGUCCCAUUUCUGAGAGUAUCUACAUUGUUAUGUUGGUACAGGACAAGAACGUAAGCGUGGACUACGAGUAUAGUAUUCCUGAAUCAUUGAGCCACAGUCAACCCGAUUCGCAUACAUGGACACAUCGUGAGUUUGGGCCAUGCAGUGCACAAUGCGGUGGUGGCACACAGUCACGUCAGGUUAGCUGUCACAAUCGCAUUAACUUGCAAGAAGUUGAUGCUGCUCUUUGUGAAGCAGAGUCUAAGCCAGCCGAGAGUCAAGUUUGCGGCACGGAGCCUUGUGCUCCACACUGGGUAGAGGGCGAAUGGUCAAAGUGCUCAAAGGGCUGUGGUUCGGAUGGCUUCCAAAAUCGCACUGUCACCUGUGAACGUAUUUCUUCUGAUGGUACUCAUACGUCGGAAGAUGAUGCAGUCUGUCUGAAGGAAGUCGGCAACAAACCAGCAACGGCUCAGGAGUGCAAUCGUGAUGUCAAGAACUGUCCAAAGUAUCAUUUGGGUCCCUGGAAGCCAUGCGAUAAGUUGUGCGGUGAGGGUAAGGAAACCAGAAAGGUUAAGUGCUUCAUCAAAGAAAAUGGACGCAAACGAGUUUUGCCUGAUGAGGAUUGUGUGGAAGAUAAACCCGAAGAGGAGAGAUCUUGCCUGCUAACACCCUGUGAGGGCGUCGAUUGGAUCGUAUCCCAGUGGAGUGGAUGCGAAGCUUGCGGUCAGGAUACUGAAACUCGAACUGCUAUUUGUGGCUCUAAGAAUGGAAAGGUCUAUCCAGAGAAGUUUUGUGGAUCCAAAGCUCCAGAGCUAUCGAGAUCGUGUACUUCAUCGAAGUGUGACUCUCAAUGGUUCACAUCUGAAUGGAGCAAGUGCUCAGCAGCGUGCGGAAAGGGUGCUCAGUCCCGUAUUGUUAUGUGUGGAGUUUUUGAUGGCAAAGGUAUUAAGACGGUUGACAAUUCUAAGUGUGAUGCAGCUACGAAGCCUGAAGCGAAGCAGGAAUGCGAAGGCGAUGCGAAGGAAUGUCCUGGACAAUGGUUCACGGGUCCGUUCGGUCAUUGUAGCAAGCCUUGCGGUGGCGGUGAACGCGUUCGUGAGGUAUUGUGCCUAUCCAACGGCACAAAGUCCGCCAAUUGUGAUGAAUUGAAGGUCCAAUCUAUUUCCGAAAAAUGUAAUACUCAGGCAUGCACCAAGGAUCAAGUUCUACCAGUCAGUAGUACUGAUAAACCCAUUGAGGAUGAUGAGGAAGAAUGUGCUGAUGAUGAAUUCGAGUUGAUCUCAAGUGAUGUAAUAGAUGAAACCAAGGUCACUGAAUCUGUUGAUCUCGAUGAUGUUACCGAUACGAUGGCUUCGCUUUCAACUGACGAUUUGAUGUUGAGUGAUAGUCCAUAUACGUCUUCAGGAGACUCCUCUGAUACAACAGAAAGCACCGUUGAAGGUUCAGGCUCAGAAUCUACUUCAGAGAACAGUAUUUCGACUGAAGGCAGUGGAGAUGAAGAAUCCAGUUCAACAGAUGUGUCAGGUUCUACAGAUGCAUCCAGCUCGACAGAAUCCUCAAGCUCUACAGAUGUAUCAGGAUCAACAGAAGCUUCAAGCUCCACAGAUGUUUCUGGUUCGACUGAAGUGUUAGGAUCAACUGAUGCUUCAAGCUCAACAGAUGCUUCAAGCUCAACAGAUGCUUCAAGCUCAACAGAUGCUUCGAGCUCAACAGAUGCUUCAAGCUCUACUGACGCUUCCAGCUCUACUGACGCUUCCAGCUCGACCGAGUCUUCCAUUUCAACUGAAGUAUCAGGUUCUACGGAUGCCUCAGCUUCAACAGACGCAUCCAGCUCAACAGACGCAUCUAGCUCAACAGACGCAUCCAGCUCAACAGACGUCUCCGGUGCUACUGAAGGAUCAGCCUCGACUGAGGUUUCAGGAUCAACAGAAGUCUCUGGUUCAACGGAAGUUUCAGGUUCUACCGAAGCGCCAGGUUCAACCGAUGCAUCUUCCGAUACAUCAGGAUCCACUGAAGUUGCAGGAUCAACUGAAGAGUCAAGCUCGACUGCAGAGUCGGGCUCAACAGAUGUUUCAGGAUCCACUGACGAUUCUACAGACACAACAGUUUCUGGAUCAACGGAUUCAAGCGAUUCAACGUCCGAUUCAUCAGCAUCCACUGAUAACGCGAGUAGUAGUCAAUCAGAAUCAUCGACAGAAUCAACAGAAACGACGGUUUCAUCAUCAACAGAAAGUUCAACCGAUGCAUCGUCAAAUGGAUCAACUGAAAGCUCUACUGUCGGAUCGUCUGAUAUCACCACCGAGAGCUCAACAGAUGGUUCAUCUGAUGGUUCUUCUGAUAACUCCACCGAUGGUUCGACUGAUGGCUCAACCGAUGGCUCAACCGAUGGCUCAACCGAUGGUUCAACCGAUGGCUCACAAUCGACAGAAUCGACGAUCACACAAGGCUCUGAAUCUACUGAAAGUACCUCCGAAGGGGCAAGCACCGGCUCAACUCUUGAAGGUAGCACUGAGGAUAGCAGCUCCAGUUCGUCGGAUAGUUCUGGCUCUACUGACGUCUCUGAAACAACUGAGUCUGCUGGAUCAACUGAUUCUUCCGUCUCGACAGAUUCUACCUCCACAGUCUCUCCCGAUACCACGGGAUCUACCGAAGUUACCUCGUCUGUCUCUGACAUCUCUUCAACUAGCGAUUCGACAUUAACUACUGAAAGUGGACCUACAACCGAAAGUGGAGCUACGACCGAAAGUGGGGCUUCUACGGAAAGUGGAGCUACUACUGAAAGUGGAGCUACUUCCGAAAGUGGAGCUACUACCGAGAGUGGUGGUACCACUGAGACAACCGAAAGUGGACCUACUUCUGAAUCAACAUCAGAAGGUUCCACUGACAGUUCCCUGUCAACCGAGGAAGAAACCACCAACGAUAUCUGGAGUUCUACAGAUUCAAGCACUCCACAUACUUGGGAGACUACGCUUACACCUGAUAAGGAGACAUUGCGUAAAUGUAAGUCCAAGAAGAAGAAUUGUGACAAGUCAGAGUUUGGUUGCUGUCCCGAUGGUAAAACAACAGCUAAGGGUCCAUUCGAUGAAGGUUGUCCCAUUGCGAAAACUUGCGCUGACACCGAAUUCGGAUGUUGUUCGGAUGGAGUUUCUCCAGCCGAAGGCAAAAAGAACAAAGGAUGUCCCAAAUCCGCAUGUGCGGAGACACUUUUCGGCUGUUGCCCAGACAAAUAUACUGAAGCUGAGGGCGAAGAUAAUGAAGGUUGCCCAGAACCAACAACACUGCCACCAACAACGACAACAGAAGCAACAGAAGGUGAAACCACAACAGAAUUUGAUGGUUCAGGUUCUGGUGACACUUCAAUCUCAACAGAAGCCGAUACCGCUGUUACGUCCUGCGCCUUUACAGAGUUCUCUUGCUGUCCAGAUGGUAAAACUCCUGCCAAGGGUGAAAACUUUGCAGGCUGCGAUGAGCCAGAAAGUCGCCAGGGUUGUGAAAAAUCACAAUAUGGUUGCUGUCCUGAUCGUCGUACACCUGCAGCCGGUCCAAAUGGUCAAGGAUGUGCUGCUUGCACAGCCGAACCCUUCGGUUGCUGUCCGGACAACGAAACUCCUGCUCAUGGUCCUCAAUACGAGGGUUGCUGCAUUAAUUCACGAUUUGGUUGCUGUCCCGACAACAUUCGCCCUGCUUAUGGCGAGAACUUCGAGGGUUGUGAGUGCGAACGUUCGCCCUAUGGUUGUUGCCCUGACCAGAAGACCUCAGCGCGAGGCCCUCAACUGGAGGGAUGUCAAUGCGAAACCACACCGAACGGUUGUUGUCCCGACAAGAUUACUGCUGCUCAAGGACCCAAGUUCGAGGGUUGCCCAUGCGAGACAAUGCAAUUCGGUUGCUGCCCCGAUGGUCUUUCCUUUGCUCGAGGACCACAUAACCAGGGAUGUCAUUGCGCCCAGUCCGAGUUCAAAUGCUGUGAUGAUGGCAAGACGCCAGCAAAGGGACCCAACUUUGAGGGAUGCACCUGCGUUGAGACUCAGUUCGGUUGUUGUCCAGAUGGUGUUACCAAGGCGCUGGAUGAUAAAUUCGGAGGCUGUGAGAAUGUUCAAGAGCCUCCGCAAAAGGCUUGCGGCCUGCCCAAGGAGCAAGGUAGCUGCGGCAACUUUAGCGUCAAGUACUACUUUGAUACCUCCUACGGAGGCUGUGCUCGAUUCUGGUAUGGAGGUUGUGAAGGCAAUGGCAAUAGAUUUGAGACCGAAGCUGAAUGCAAGGAGUCCUGCCAGGAAUAUACCGGACAACAUGUGUGUCUGUUGCCCAAGAGCUCUGGCCCCUGCCAGGUGUUCUCCAAGAAGUGGUACUUCGAUUCGGAUCGCAAUCGUUGCGAAGAAUUCCAAUACGGAGGAUGCUAUGGUACAAACAAUCGUUUCGAUACCCUCGAGGAAUGCCAAGGCACUUGUGCGAUCAGCGAAACUUUACCACCUUGUGAGCAGCCUGAAGAGAGCGGACCUUGCAACGGAAACUUUGAACGUUGGUUCUAUGACAACCAGACCGAUGUUUGUCGUCCCUUCCGCUAUGGCGGCUGCAAGGGCAAUAAAAACAACUAUCCUACCGAACAUGCCUGCAGCUACAGCUGUCGCCAACCAGGAGUGCUUAAAGAGCAAUGCUCAUUGCCUAAACAAACCGGUGAUUGCAGCGAGAAGCAUGCCAGAUGGCAUUUCUCGGAAACAGAGAAGCGUUGCUUGCCCUUCUACUACACGGGUUGCGAUGGCAACAAGAACAGUUUUCCCACAUUGGAAUCAUGCGAGACUCAUUGUCCCCGGCAAGUUGCCAAGGACAUUUGCGAUAUUCCCGCUGAUGUCGGUGAGUGUGCCAACUACGAAUUUGCCUGGUACUACGAUACCAAGGAGACAGCCUGUCGUCAAUUCUAUUAUGGUGGUUGUGGCGGUAAUGAGAAUCGCUUUGCCACCGAAGAAGCUUGUUUGGCUCGCUGUGAGAAGAAACCUGAGCCACCAACGCCGCCGCCAGCGCCAGCAGAGAGCAGUGUGGAUGUCUGUGAUCAGGCAGAGGAUCGCGGCGAAUGUGACCGUUAUACUCUUAAAUGGAUAUUUGAUAAAUCGAGUGGUGUCUGUCGUCAGUUCUAUUAUGGCGGCUGUGGCGGCAAUGGUAAUCGCUUCGAAACCGAAUCUGAUUGUCAGCAACGAUGUGUACCACGAGAACCGGAAGUGCAACCAGAACAUCGUCCACAAGAACCUAAAGCUCAGCCCUCGGGCAACUUAUGUGAACAACCAGCCGCUGUGGGUGAUUGUGACCAGUAUGUACUCAAGUGGAACUAUAACUCAACAGCGGGUCAAUGCCAGCAGUUCUAUUAUGGCGGCUGUGGCGGCAACGACAAUCGCUUUGAGACGGAACAAGAAUGCGCUGAACGUUGUACUGCUAGCGUAGAGGAAGAACCACGUCCCGACGAUAACACGAUCAAGUGCUCUAGACCCUUGGAUGCUGGCAAUUGCAAUGAUAACAUUACACGCUGGUACUAUAACCAUCAGGAAGGACUUUGCGAUGAGUUCGUCUACUCCGGCUGCGGUGGCAAUGAGAAUAACUAUGCCACCGAAGAGGAGUGCGAGAAUGAAUGCAAUGCUGUGCACGACACUUGCGGUCUUCCCCCGAUACGUGGUCGCUGUAAUGACCUCUCACGUCGCUGGUACUUCGAUGGACGCACCGGCGGCUGUCACGAAUUCGAGUUCACCGGUUGCCGAGGCAAUCGCAACAACUUCGUAUCGGAAAGACUCUGCUUGGAGUACUGUCGUCGUGAUCUGGUGCAACCAGAGCCGCAACCAGAACCACAACCUCCAACUUACUCGGUUUGCACACAAGCUCCAGAGGCUGGUGAAUGCGACAAUCAUACGGCAGCUUGGUUCUACGAUAGCGAGAGAAUGGCUUGUACUGCUUUCAGUUAUAGCGGCUGUGGUGGAAACGGUAAUCGAUUUGAAACCCGUGAUCAGUGCGAGCGCCAGUGCGGCGAGUUCAAGGGAGUUGACGUUUGCAAUGAGCCGGUGACAACGGGACCCUGCACUCAAUGGCAGACCCGUUACUACUUCAAUGCCCAAAGCCAAUCUUGUGAGCCCUUCACAUAUGGUGGCUGCGAUGGUACUGGAAAUCGUUUCAAUGACCUCUAUGAGUGCGAAACUGUUUGUUUGGCUGGCCGAGAGCCACAGCAAACGGGUGUGACCAAAGAUAUCUGCCGAUUGCCGGUGGUCAUCGGUCGUUGCAACGGACCGGCAGUACAGGAGCGUCGUUGGUUCUAUAAUGAUGAGCAAGGCACCUGUGUGUCCUUUAUUUACUCGGGUUGUUCGGGCAAUCAAAACAAUUUCCGUUCAUUUGAAGCAUGCACAAAUCAAUGCGGAAAUCCUGUCAACAAUGAAGUUCCACAGGGCGUCCCAGAGAAUCGCUGCGAACAAUACGACAACGAAUGCCGCGAUAGGCGCUGCCCAUAUGGAGUGCGUCGUCAGCCAGCCGCAUCGCAACCUGAAUGCGAGGAAUGCGUCUGUGAAAAUCCUUGCGAUGGCCACUCAUGCCCCGAAACCCAGCAAUGUACCAUUGAUGUGUCCAACAGCGGUGACCAGUUCGUGGCCAUCUGCCGCGAUAUAAACAAGCCUGGCAUCUGCCCACAACUGCAAGCCAAUGCCAGCAACUGCAACCGCGAAUGCUACACCGAUGCCGACUGUCGCGGUGACAACAAGUGCUGCAGCGAUGGCUGCGGAUUCCUCUGUGUGCGUCCAGCACGUCCCACACAACGACCAAACACUCCAGCGCCAACUGUCAUCUAUCCGGGUGAGGUCAAGGCUACAUUGGACCACAAGGAACCUGAGGAACUCGACGUACAGACCUCUAUUGGUGGUAUUGCUGUGCUGCGCUGCUUUGCCGCUGGCAAUCCGGCACCCAAUAUUACCUGGUCUCGAAAGGAUGUGGUGAUUGAUACCAACCAAGGCCGCUAUGUGCUCACCUCUAACGGUGAUUUGACCAUCGUCCAGGUGCGCCAGACGGAUGACGGCACCUAUGUGUGCGUGGCCAGCAAUGGACUCGGUGAGCCAGUGCGUCGCGAGGUUUCACUGCAAGUAACAGAACAACGAAAUAUUCCCGUCUACAUCUAUGGGGAGCCAAAUGUCACACAAAUUGUGCAAUUUAAUCACCCCGCGUUGAUUCGCUGCCCGGCUGGCGGCUACCCGGCACCACAUGUUGACUGGUGGCGCAAUAACAAACGCAUUGGUCUUGGCAGUGAUCCUGGACAGAUGAAUCCCGAUUAUUCGCUGUUCUUCCGCUCUAUUCAGCUCACGGAUCUUGGUGAAUACAGCUGCGAGGCAUACAAUGAGGGACGCCCAGUCUCGUUGCGUGUGACCCUCAAGGCAGUUGGUCCAGCUCGUGCUUUGAAUAAUGAGCAAGCCAAAUACUUGCAAUAUGUUAUUGACCCCGCAACCGCGCCAGUCACUCAAAGACCCACAUAUCCCUAUAGGCCACAACGACCGGUCUAUGUGCCACCUCCGGUAGUGGAAACACCAAGAAUUAAUGCACAAACCGUGAUUGGCCUCGAUCCGCAAAACACCUAUACUCCCGGCUCGACAAUUGCCAUUGGAUGCUCCGUGCAGGGAUAUCCUACACCAAACGUAACCUGGGCCAAGGAUAACACACCUCUUUACAACAGCGAGCGUGUGCAAAUUAUAUCCACAGCGCAUCGUUUGGUUAUUAGCGACGUUAACGCCGAGGACUCUGGCAUCUAUAGCUGCACAGCCCGCAAUGCGUUUAGCUACCAUACUAGCCAAACGGAGGUUCACAUCGAAUCUGUCGUCCCAGUGUCGCCGGACUGUAUCGAUAAUCCGUACUUCGCCAACUGCAAGCUGAUCGUACAAGGAAAGUACUGUGUUAACAAGUACUAUGCCCAGUUCUGUUGUAGAUCCUGCACAUUGGCUGGCCAGAUUGCGCAGGCUCAUCCCAAUGCGCUUUAUUAAUUCCAUACUACAACACUACCAACUACCAAAACCUAUCAAGCCAAGCAUCUUUGUUUGAUUUCUGCAUUGAAUUGAGUUUAAACCAGGAAAAAAGAUGAGCAAGUUCACAAAGCCAGCAGAGAGACCAAAAAAAAAUAAUAAUACAAAAAAUAAACAAAAAACCGCCAAUUUAAUAGCCAACAGAUCAACAAAAAAAACAAAAAUAAGAUACAAAAUCAAAUAAAAUAAUAUUUAAUAAUGAUAAAUAACGAACAGAGCUUACUUAGUAUCCUAUACGAAUAUUUCUUCCAGCACAAAAGAAAAUAGUAUUAGUAUUUUAUGUUUUUGUUCCUAUUUAUUUCUCGAUUUAAAUUCAAUCCAUAGAGACGAAAGUGGCUAAAAAACUUAUUUUCAUUUUAUAUAUUUUUUUAGUGUUUUUUCUAUACGAUAUUUGUGCAAACGAGUAAAGCAAUUUAAGUUUUUAAAAUAUUUGUAAAUAAAUUAAAAUUAUAUAAUAAAGAGAGUGCAUAUGUAUAA